GUGGUGGGGAUUGGAAACAGUUCAAAGUGGACGCGGACACAUACCUGCACAGCACGCUGUACACAACUGUACAGACCUCAUUCACACUCAACCUCACUUCAGUCAGUGAGCAAAAAAGUGUUAGACACACUUAUUUGUGCACUACAUACUGUAGGUAGAGUUAUGUAGAGUAUUUCGUUUGAAAGUUGAGAGUUGAGACUGAAUUGUUCAAUUAGCUGAUUAGCACUCGUUUGUUUAUCACUGUUUAUCACGACCUGUAACCUAAACACACUGGUUGCACUACGAUGGCUUUUAAAAAAGAUUUGCAGCGUCUACAGCAGCCCUAUUAUUUAAUAAACAUUCUACUCAGCCUUUCGUACAUCGUUUCAAAACGCAUUCCUUUUAUUUGUCAUUACAUGUUCGCGCAAGCAGAAUGCGAACUCGAUGGGAGGGAAACAGAAAUCCUAUUUUUUCUUAUGAUUGUCAUAAUGAUAAGGUCAAGGAAAACUGGAAGCGUGACCAUGAUAAACUACCUCUCAUCCAGCUUUGCAUAUACCAAAGUUGCCAAUUUGAUCCUUUGGCUUUAUGCUGACAUUCGUAUGGGAAUACUGUUCGCUAUUUUAUUCACUUUGUGCGGUUUGGUGUUUCCUGAACCAACUUACAGAGGCCCAGAAGAAAUAAUAUACUUGCGCAGUACAAGUGGUUUGCAAGAAGAAUUGCAACGGGACACGAAAGUUGUUUGGCUGGUUGCAUUCUAUACUGCAUGGAAUCCAGCUUGUGUUAACUUUGCACCCAUAUUCGCUGAACUUUCUGCAGAAUAUGUUUUGCCAAAUUUGAAAUUUGGAAAAGUAGACUUAGGGAGGUGCCCUGAUGCAGGAUCGAAGUAUCAUAUUAGCGAUGCUAGUACCAGCAAACAACUUCCUACCUUAAUUCUAUUCAAAGAAGGUAGAGAGGCGGAUAGACGCCCAUACGCGGACCAUAAGGGAAAACUGGUUAAAUUUCUAUUCUCGUUGGACAACAUAAAGGCAGCAUUCGAUCUAAACAAUCUUCAUUACCAUUGUAAGAACAAUCCGUUGAAGAAAAAAGACAGAAAGUCGGUAAAGGCAGAGUGAUCGGAUCAAAGUCUCUAGAUACUUGUUAACAUAUGUUACCGACUUCAUAGUUGAUUUACAAACUUAGGAUCUGGUUAACUUCUACUGUGUAGAACAGACAGAUUUAGUUUACCAAUGUCUCGUGCAAAUUUUAAUUUAAACAAGGAUACGAAUAUCUGUACAUAUUUCAUUGUAUGUUUUAUCAUCGUCGCAUUUCAUGCACUGCUGUAUUCUAUUAGUAAAGAAUGGGACAUUAGUAUAAUUACGAAGAUGCUAUGAAAGUGCCACACGUUCAGUAUGAUUCGUGUAUGUGGAAAAAUGUUUCACGUUCUAUUUGUUCAAAAUAACGUAUAGCUUUUAAUUACACGUUACAUAUAUAUAUACAAACUCGUCUUUGUCGCUUAUAUACAAACUCGCUUUUAAUUACACGUUAUAUAUACAAACUCGUCUAAUAACUCCUUGUGAUUUUCAUUGAAAAUAAACGAUUAUUGAAUUGUA